CUUCACUUUAUCAUCCAUUCGCUAGAAGCACUGAACGAGUGCAAACAGUCAGCAGGGGGAGAGCCAGAAACGAGGGGAGACACGUGCGAGCAGAGAGCAGGGACUGGAGUUAACCAGGACAGACUCUGCAUCUGCAGCUGAAGCUGUGACCAUACACCAAACCAAGAGGUGAGCAGCAACUGACCUGAGUGCAGCCGGACAGGUUGAGGUGGAGGAGAUUGUGGCAGCCCUUCCCAGUGGUCAGCUCUUCUCAUUGAAAAGACCAACCCUGCAGAGCUGAGGAUGCAUAUGACCUCCAGUCUCCUCUUCGCCUCCCUGCUCCUCCUCCUGCUCCCGAGCAUCGACAUGAAAAGGUCGGGAAAGGGAAGAGGCCUCAAAGGAGCACGACACAAACUCACAGGCGGCCGGUAUGGAUUUAGACCUCAGUCUGAUGUGUUCAGUCCAUUUUUAACAGACUCUAAUUAUCAUUUUGUGUGUUUGAACACUGUCAGGGUCAGAGGCAAUGGGCGUCACAGCAGAUCAGGCGCCCACAGGCUUCUGUCACGCAACUGCUCCGAGUCGGCAGAAUCCGGAGACGUCUUUGUGGACUGUCAGGAACGAGGUCUGACCUCCGUUCCCAGCGCCCAAACCUGGUCCAAAGCACCCAAGCACCUCCUUCUAGCCAGCAACCGUAUCAAGGUCCUACGUGAGGGGACCUUCUUUGGAUAUGAGAGAUUAGCUACUCUGGACCUGCAGCAGAACCAGAUAUCUUCAAUUGAGGAUGGGGCCUUCCAGGGCCUGGAAAAUCUUAAAACCCUGCUGCUGCAGCACAAUCGUCUGGAAACGCUUAACGAGGAGGCCCUCAUCCCCAUGCCAAACAUCCGCUACCUGCGUUUACACCAUAAUCCCUGGAAUUGUCUGUGCUCGAUGGACGGUCUUAUAAUCACCCUUCAGGUCCCAAGCAACCGUAAUUUAGGAAACCAUGCCAGGUGUGCGGCGCCCGUCAUGCUGAAAGACAGGAAGCUGAAGCAGAUUGAUCCUGAGUUACUCUGUAAGGCGCCGCCCGAUGUCCCACAGGACGACACCACAGGCCCUUUGGUGCCGGUUCCAUUCCGCAGCAAACCAGAUACCACCACAUCUUGCCACACCUACCACUUCCCCCAAAUACGAAUUGACUGCAAAAAGCGAGGUCUAACCGAGGUGCCGACAGGUAUCGCCGAGGACGUUGUUCGUAUUGAUCUGUCAAACAAUUUAAUCCGUCAUCUCAGAGCCAAAGACUUCCAAGCAGCGAGGAGCCUCAGAUUCCUGAACCUCAGUAACAACAACAUAGAGCACAUCGACACAGGGUCCCUGUCUGGGCUGCUGCACCUCCAUGAGCUGGACCUAUCACACAACAGCCUCCAUUUUAUCAAGUACGGGGUUCUCGAAGACCUUUACUUCCUGUCAGAGCUAAAACUGGAAGAGAACCCUUGGGUGUGUGACUACAGCAUCCACUACAUGGUGUACUGGCUGCGUCUGCACCCAAGAGUGAGGCAAUCUGGCCUCAUCUGUCGCUCCCCUCCUGAACAUACAGGGGAACGGGUGGAGGCCUAUGUGAAAUCCUACUACAAAGUGUGUCCAAAGGACAGACAGAGCAGCAGAACAGACCGAGAACAAACAGACCCUGCGCUGUGGAACACGCCAAUGGAGGCGCAAGGAGAGCUGGAGGAGGAGGAGCUGGAGCCCAGCCACUUGAGGGUUCCGCAGAAAUACACAAUCUUCAGACUGUCCUGAAAAUAAAACCUAAACUAAAAAUUGUUUUUGUUUUCCCUUCCUAUCGUUUCCUUUCAAUAUAUUAUAAAACAGUCUGUAUCAGAUGGAGAAACUAUAUUUUUCAGUGCUGCUUUUAUGUGUCGUCAGUGUUGUGUAAUCCAAAUAUAAGAUUUGACAACUUA